UUUUCAAAUCCCUCCAAUCUUACAAAUAUAUUUCCCCUACCAAAACUCUCUUCUUUACUCUUUGCCUCUCUUAAACUUCGUUCGAAAUUGCUUUCCCUCCACUCCCGCAAUUCCCUCUUUCCUCCAAAUAUCAAUCAAACCUCAGUUUCCCUCUUCACUAGAACCCUUUUUUCAAUUGAACUCCAAUCCCCCCACCGUAUUUACUCGAUUCCUCCAAAACCCUAGCUGCCCAAAUCCUGCAUCCGCGGAUGGGCUCCCCAAAUUCCGACUGUCUAUCGCCAUGGAGCGAUGAGAAAUCCCCUGAACUCUACGAUGCAGCUCUAUUGCUAGAAGAUGAGAGUGAGGCCAAACGGACUGAAACUGAAGACGAUGACGAACUUAUAAAUUCUUCGCCGAGGCACUCCGACUGGCCAGUCCAAAUAUCUGCGGGAGUUGAUGUCGACACCUCCCCUUCGAUUUGGCUACCCCAAAAUAGCAAGCCUGUUAAAGUAGGAGCAGGGCUGGCGAAUUUGGGCAAUACUUGCUUUCUAAAUUCAGUGUUACAAUGCUUCAUACACAUGGUUCCACUUCUUCAUGGAAUUCUUUCAGAUAUGCAUUUGGGGAAUUCUAGCUGUAAUGAGGAUGGGUUUUGCAUACUAUGUGCUCUACGACAACUGGUUGAACUUUCACUAGCUUCUACGAACAGAGUUGUCUCGCCUUGGAAUCUUGUCAACAACUUGAGCUAUUUUUCAUCAAAUUUCCAGAGAUUCCAACAGGAAGAUGCUCAUGAAUUCCUCCAGUGUUUUUUGGAUCGACUUGAAAGUUGUCAUGAUUCAAAGCGAGAAGAUUGCUUGUCUUCACAAAGUGAUAACUUAGUGAAACAAGUGUUUGGUGGUCGUGUUGUCAGCAAACUGAAAUGUUGCAGCUGUGGUCACUUUUCUGACACUUAUGAGCCUUCAAUUGACCUAAGUUUGGAGAUUGAGGAUGCAGACGACCUCUUAACAGCUCUCCAGUCUUUCACAAAGGUUGAGAAAAUUGAAGAUCCAGAGACCAAGUUUACAUGUGAAAAGUGUAAGGAGCAAGUUUCCAUUGAGAAACAACUGUCCUUUGAUCAGGCUCCUUAUGUGGCUACAUUUCACUUAAAGAGAUUCAAAAAUGAUGGCUGUUUGGUCCAGAAAAUUGACAAACAUGUGGCAUUUCCACUAGAAUUGGACUUGGUACCUUUCACUGGUGGUGGCGAAAAGAAUGAUGCAGAACUUAAGUAUGUACUGUACGCAGUUGUGGUUCAUAUUGGAAUGACAUCUACAUCUGGGCAUUACUACUGCUUCAUUCGGUUAUCUCCCAACAUGUGGUGCAAGUUCGAUGAUGCCAAGGUUGUACUGGUCCACGAAGAUUUUGUGCUGUCACAGGAGGCAUACAUCCUCUUCUAUGCAAAGAAGGGGACUGCCUGGUUUUCAAGUUUCAUUCAAACUCAAAAGUUAUGUGUAGAUUCAACUGCAUGGGAUACGUCUCCAAAAUCAGUGUUAGACAAUGUGGACACUUCCUCGGUGUCUCCUACUUUUCAGAACAAGUUUAACUGUGAUUCUGAUGGAGUGAAUGAUACUGGCUCAGAACAUAAGGAACUUGAGAACAAUGAGAUAAAAGAUAGUAGGCCAAUGCAUAAUGAAAGUGAGAAGGGAAGUGAAUAUAAUUUGCAUAGAAUGUCUGUUUCAGUAGCACCAGCUGAUGCUCCAGAUGUCUCUUUACCUGAAGCCCACAAAGAAGUUUCAACAAUUUUGCUUGAAACAGUUAACCAGGGUCAGGAGGUCCGAGCUGCUGAGAAUAGUCAAACUAUUACUCAAACACCCACGAGAUCUCCAAGUCCAGAGAUAUACAGAGAAGACCCACCUGAAGCAGCUUUCUCGAUUCCUCGUCACCAUCUGAGGUUGGUUGACCAUGUCUCUUGCAAAAGGCGACUGGAUAAAGAUAUGGAUGAUUUGGAAACAAGGCAGGCCUGCUCACUUAUAAAGAAAAGUAUUCCUGGUUCAAGAGGUCAGCAACUAUUGUCUGCACUGAGGGGGUCCAAAACUGAUGCUUCUGUGAAUAGGAAGAAAAGCAGAAGGUCGGAAUUUCCUCCAAGGAAAGAUGAUAGAAGUGCAUCUACUCAUUACGGUUCAAGCAUGAGAUCUUCAGAACGUCCUUUGGUGGCUGGGGCUUACAGGUAAGCUGGCAGACCAAAGAUUAACAGAUGAGUUUGUCGAUAUUCUCUAGUUAUGCUUGUCCUUUACUUUCUCGAGAUGAUGUAUUGGACCAUACCUGUUGGUGUAGGAUAUAUUAGGUUCAGGCCAUCUAAUUGUCUAUCUAUUGGGCAAUCUGGAUUAGUAAAGUCUUGCUGUCUGCUUCUAGGCAAAUCAAGAUAGGUCCCUCUUGGUGGUCUUUUUAUGUUUGUAAAGUGUAGUGAAGGUUGGUACCACAUAUAUCGUGAAUUGCAAUAUCAAAUAUAGAAUUAGCAGUAAGAUUUUUUCUUUGCUGCAACA